CUUGUUACUGUACUUAUCAUCCGCCGCCUCAUCUCCUCGACGAAACUUACCACUGCGACGCGCUGAUCGGGAAAUGGAAUCCCCCAAAUUCCAGUCGUUCUUUCAAGAUAUCCGUUCAAGAGAGCUCAAUGGCUUCAGAGUUCGGAAGCGACCGUAUCCGCGAGAUGAUUCGUCCAAGGUCACUGAGAUCGGAGCCGUGACCGUCGAACACAGCGGCAGCGAUACACCCCCGAUGGCAAUCUCCUUCUGCAAGACAAGUAAAAGUUCACACAUUCUUGCCGUGACUGACGAGGAUGGGUAUGUUAGCUUGUACAAUUCUCGGUUGAAGCUUCCAUCUCACUCGAGUUACCAGGAAAAUGCAGAAAGAGCUAGGGUUUCUGAGUGGGUUGCCCAUGAGAAUGCAAUAUUCGAUCUAUGUUGGAUCAAGGAAGACACCAAUAUUCUAACAGCUUCAGGUGAUCAAAGUAUAAAGGCAUGGGAUGCGCAAGAAAAAAAAUGUAUUGCAGCAUUGAUGGGGCACACAGGAAGUGUCAAAUCCAUCUGUUCUCAUCCAACAAAUCAUGAUCUUAUAGUUUCUGGUUCAAGAGAUGGGUCGUUUGCACUUUGGGAUUUGAGGUGCUCCAAAGGUAGAAAUGGGAUGCUUCUAGUCACUUCACUUGCUGAGGUACACGGCGCUCAUAUUUCACAGCAUGGAAAGCGGCUUAGGCGUUCCAAGAUUUUUCAGGCUGCUUCGAAGAGCAUCACGUCAGUUCUUUACCUAAAAGAUGAAAUUUCCAUUGCGACCGCUGGAGCAGUUGACAGCGUUGUUAAAUUCUGGGAUGUCAGAAACCUAAAACGUUCAUUUCUUCAGGCAUUUCCGGAUCCUGAAUUAUCAGCUCAGAAGGAAAGAGGGUUACAUGGCGUUUCUAGCCUGUCACAAGAUUUAAAUGGAGUAUUUAUUUCAGCUUCUUGCAUGGAUAGCAGAAUAUACCUCUAUAAUGUGCUCCAGCUUGAUAAAGGUCCCGUUCAAUCUUUUUCUGGAAGCCGGAUUGAAUCAUUCUUUGUGAAGUCAGCAUUAAGUCCUGAUGCAGCUCAUAUACUCGGUGGUUCCAGUAAUGGAAAUGCUUACAUUUGGCAGGUGAACAAACCCGAAGCAGAUCCUAUCAUACUGAAUGGCCAUGAUGGAGAAGUUUCAGCUGUCGAUUGGUGCCAAUCUGAGAUGGGGAAGAUAGCAACUUCUGCAGAUGACUUCACGGUGCGGUUUUGGAAUAUCCAAGACAGUUGUUACUCUAGUACUAGAUCUCCAUCUUCCUCCCGAAGGAGAGUAAUGGCAUUGGCACCACCGGCAUUGAAACGCAGAAAGCUUCUCAUGGAUGCAGAACCAGUAGCUCUUGACAGAGGUCCUGGAAUUUCUGCAUCAGAUGAUCAACUGCAUCAAAUUAGUUCAGCGUGUUCAAGCCCAAUGCCUGAGUAUGGUACUCCUAAAUCUCAGGAAAAAUUCUCCUCCAGUUUAGACUUGAAAGAAAAUGCGAAGACGCCUGAAGCCGAGCUAAAGAGCCCAUCUUCAGUUCUGAACCCUCCCUCCUCUUUGAAGAGAAGAACGAUCCGUGAUUACUUCGUAGCUGCUUCAUAAGUGUUUGUGGUCUUAACUAUUGUUCAUAUGGAAUAAUCUUAUGGCGAUUGUCAGCAUAGAUCCAACCCUUGGGCGACUGGGUUAUUUGCUCAAGAAGACAGUGAAUGAUCCUUAAACUAAUGCAGAGUUUGCAUGCCAACUAAACUGUCUUUGACCGGAGAGUCUUUGUGAUAUACUUUGAAGAUAUUCAAACAUAUUGAUAUUUAGAAUUAAUAUGAUUGUUAAACAUGCGUAAGCUAAAGUUUCUUGUGUCUUGCUCUUGCUCUUGCCCCA